GUUUAACCAUUUCGUUAUAAACCGAAGCCGCUACCCUCGCGCUUCGCCCCCGCUUCCGCCGCUACACUCGUCGGAGUACACUCGCCGGAAAACACUCCUCGGCGUCUCUUCUCAAACAAAAUUUAAAAACCAAAAAAAACUAAUCCUCGUGGUCACAGUGGGUUUGAGUGAACUAAAAGGAACAAAGGCAAUACAUAGAGGGCAACGCGAUUUUCAUUCUUCACAACUGUUAUUUCCUUUUACGACGUCGUUAUGGGAAUCAAGGUUAUGCAAUUGUCGCAACCCGUUCUUCCUCAUUCCCCUUCUUCGUCUCAUACCCUAGCUUCCGCAAUCUUUUCCCCUUCUUCGUCAAAAACGCGAACGCUAGUGUGUCGUUUCGUGCACCGCUCGAGCCUCUUUCCGACCACCACCACGCGCCUUCUCCGCAGAACUAAAUCGUUUGAACAGCACGCGCUUUUCACGCGCAGAGGAAACAUACGUAGGGCGUGCAGCGCAAGUUUGGAGCCGUUCUCUGAUGAAGAGUUCGCGAAGAAGAUUGAAGAUCUCGCGCUUAAGUUUCAGCUCUCAGAUGACGCCACCACCAAUGCGAACGAUUUGGAAUCGGAGGAUUUUCAGGAGAUUUCGUCGACGGUGAAUUUCGCGGAAGAGUUCGAGCCGCCGGAGGAGAUUAUUCCGGCGAACAUCGAACGGAAAGCAAACAGCGUGGAGCUUCCGUUUUCGCUGAGGAUAAUCAAGAAGAAGCUGCAGUGGAAGGAAGGGUUCAGGGAGGCAGGGGAAUCCGCGUAUUGCUCUGUCAAGAAAGCGUUCUCUUCUAUGGUUUUUAUAAUCAGGGAGCUUCACAGUUUCACUCUGCAAAUGAGGGAGGUCCUGUUCUACGAAGAUCUGCAAGGGAUUCUCGAAAGGGUGCAGAAUGAAAUGCACGCGUCCUUCGUGUGGUUGUUCCAGCAAGUCUUCUCUCACACGCCGACUCUCAUGGUGUAUGUGAUGAUUCUCCUAGCGAAUUUCACGGUUUACUCGAUGGGGAACAACGCAGCUAUCGCCGCCGUGGCACCGCCGCCGGUAUCCACCGUCACGGAGGCUCACGACCAAAGGGGUCAUAUUCGGGGUCAUAACAUUGAUUCCUCUGCCAUCAAGACGUUCUCCGUUUCGAAUGGAAAAAUCACUGCCUACGUUGGCGGCGGCAAUGGCGGCGGUGGGAAGGUCCGUCCGGCGGCUAAUGGAACCGACGGUGACGGCCGGUUUGACCGGUCGCGACACGGAACGGUUUUCAGCGACGGCGGUGCUUCGACGCAGGCUUAUAAAACAGGGGAAAAAACAGAGUCGGUGUCAGGGCAAGAAGAGGAGGAAGAGGAGAAUCUGUGGAACGCGAUGGUGGAAGAAGCUUCGAGAAUGGAGGUGAGUUGGAGAGGGAAGGAUUUGGAUAGUGAUGUUAUGAAACGGUUCGUUUCGCCGGUGAUGGCGAGUAUUGAAUCCGAUGACUAUGCAGAGUAUCUGAGAACAGAGCUUGUGUACCAAACAGGGUUGUCUCAGGACCCCAACAACACUCUCCUCCUUGCCAACUAUGCCCAGUUCCUCUACCUCGUUGCACACGAUUAUGACAGAGCGGAAGAGUUCUUCAAGAGAGCAAUAGAGGUGGAGCCACCAGAUGCGGAGGCAUAUAAUAAAUACGCCACCUUUCUAUGGAAAGUGAAGAACGAUUUGUGGGCUGCAGAAGAGACCUAUUUGGAGGCUAUUUCAGCUGAUCCUAAUAACUCAUUCUAUGCUGCUAACUAUGCCCAUUUUCUAUGGAACACUGGUGGUGAAGACACAUGCUUCCCUUUAUCCUCCCCUGACAACUCCCAAGAAGUUUAAUCAAUCAAACAAUAAUCAACAAAAUCAAAAUCAAAUUGUAGAAAAGUAUAGAGAAGAAAAGAAAAAGAGAAAGAAAAAAAAAGAAAAUUUUGUAGCUUAUAUAUAUAUAUAUAUAUAUAUAUAUAUUUUUUUUUUUUCAUGUUACAUUUUUUCAUUGGGAGGUGAGAUGAAGAGCCACGAAGAGGAUGGGGAAUAUAAUCAAUAUGAUUAUUGUAUCACUUUUGUAAUUAUAAGUGUACAUAUACGUCUUAAAAUAGCUCCUCCUUAGUUUAAUGGGCUCAUGCAUGUUAAUCUUAGAGUGAGUCUUGAAUUAGUUAUGCACAGUUUUAAUUCUAAAUAAACUAUGUGAAUGAAAUAGUGUUAUUAGAAUUUGAGGUGAUGCGAAAGAAAUAAAGAAUGCUUAUUGCUUGGCACGUUGGCAACAAACGGCGAUGGGUUUCACUUGGAGUGUGAAUCUGGGAAGGACCAAAGACUUUUUGGUCAUGAGUCAAUAUGACGGGUUAAGGAAGCAAGAUUUGCUUUUGCACAAUUAUUAGUUUAUUACCAUCCUUAUCUUUUUCUUUCUUUCCAUAGUAGAAUCACAUGGUAUAUGUAAUUGAUCUUUA